CUAGUAUCUGCAGAUUAGCACCCGGAAUCUCACCAGCACAGACACUGGACUGAGUAAGUCCUUCGCUCUCAACAUGUUUGACCUGGACUCCUGGCCUCACACUCCUCACAGUAUCCUGCUGCUGGCCCUACUACUAGGACUCUCAGGAGCAGCUACACAGGAGCUGAAGGUGAUUCAGCCUGAGACAUCAGUUUCUGUCCAUGCUGGAGAGACAGCCACUCUGAACUGCACUGUGACCUCUCUGCGUCCUCUGGGGCCCAUUAAGUGGUUCAGGGGCACAGGACAGAGUCGGCAACUAAUAUAUGCUUUCUCAGGAGAGAAGUUUCCCAGAGUCACAAAUGUUACAGAUGUGACAAAGAGAAACAACCUGGACUUUUCCAUCCGCAUCAGUAAUGUCACACCUGCUGACGCUGGUACCUACUACUGUGUGAAGUUUGGCAUAACAUACUCUAACAGGGAUAUUUGGUCGGGGGGAGGCACGGUGCUGUAUGUGCUUGCUAAACCAUCUCCUCCUAUGGUCUCGGGCCCUGCAGCCAGAGUUGCUCCUGGGCAUACAGUGAACUACACAUGCAAGUCCUAUGGCUUCUCCCCUCGGAACAUCACAUUGAAGUGGUUCAAGGACAGAAAUGAGCUCUCUCACUUCCAAACUACUGUGGAUCCCAAAGAACAAAGCAUCUCCUACAAUAUCUCCAGCACAGCCCAAGUAGUGCUGAGUGCUGGGGAUGUCCACUCUCAGAUCACCUGUGAAGUGGCCCAUGACACCUUGCAAGGAGGCCGGCUUCGUGGAAUUGCCAAAUUAUCUGACAUCGUUCGAGUUUCACCCACCCUGGAGAUCAGUGAGCAGCCAUCAGUGGUAUGGAAUCUGAUAGGUGUCACCUGCCAGGUGAAUAAGUUCUACCCUUCAAGGCUUCGGUUGACUUGGUUAGAGAAUGGAAAUAUAUCCCAUAUAGAAGACCCUUCUACAUUCACAGUAAACAAGGAUGGAACCUACAGCUGGACCAGCCGGCACCUAGUGAAUGUAUCUGCCCAUGAGGAGGACAUAAUACUCACCUGCCAAGUUGAGCAUGAUCAACAGCCACCAGAAAUAAAAACUCAUACUGUGAUGGUCAGUGCAUGUCAGAGGGAACAAGGUAUUAGCACCAUGUCUGAACUGGACACAUCAAAUACUGCUGAAAUACUUGUAGCUGUGCUCCUUGGACCCAAGCUGCUACUGGUAAUUGGUGCCUCUGUCAUCUACAUGCACAAGAAGCAGAAGGCCUAAGUAUCUUCUCUUCAUCUUCUGCCACAUUGGACCCUGAAUAUCUGACAUCACCUUUCUUAGAGAGACUGAGACUGUGGUGAAAAACUGUGGAAAUCUGCACAAAUGUCUUCAUUACAAGGACACCUCCAACUCAGAAGUCUCUAUUGUCCCUCUGCAUAAGCAUUGAUAGCUCAGAGCUGUAAUGUUUUGGUUAUUGGAUUCUAUUUGGGAGGUUCUUAAUUUCAUUAAUAAAAGAAUUUUAAAAUGUA